AUGCCGUUUGCUCACGAGUCUGGCAAAUGCCGUGGCUCUGGAAGAGCGCGACGCGACAGAGGCCGGCGCUCCGGACUGGAGUCCUUGGAGCCGAGGUGCCUGAAGUGCAAGGAGAAACUGGGCUCCAUGUCCGACCCUGCAAGUACGCUGCAGCCUGUCUUGGACAUGUUGGCAGACAUGACGAAGAAGAUGCAGGACUUCGAGCGCCGUCUGUUUGACAAGGUGGAUGAGUUGGCUUGCCAUAUCGAGGCCAGGCCAGACAAGGUGGGCGCAGACAGUUCGGCCAUGUCGAAGUGCCUGCUGUCUGAGGUCAAGGUUCGCACGUAUCGCAUGGAUGCAGACGACUCCGAGGAUGAGGUCCCACAAGCCUGCAACUCCAGUGAUCCCGGCGAUGUCAGUAAGGCCACCGAUCGCGGUCUAGCCCCGUUGGGGCAGUUCCUGAAGGCGCAGGCGUUGGCUUCCUCGCUUCAAGACCAGUUCAGCUCGAGCUGCGGCGAGGGCAUUGAAGCUGCCCAUGGCCCUUCGCGAAAUUCUCAGAGAGGCUCUCACAGAAGGAAGGAGCUCCUUGUCAGCUUGAAGAACGGCUGGAGAUGGGAGGGAGCAUGCCACGGUAUUGAAGACGGCCGCGUGAUACUCGGGCCAGCGUUCUGUUUGGGUCCAGAAGGCCUGAACCCGAGUGGGCGCUGGCGUCGGUAUGUACGGAGACGACCAGCGUCAGUGCACACGCAAAGUGAGGUCAAGGUCAAGUUGGAGGAGAUCGACCUCAUCAAGCCUUUGGAGAGGGUUGGAGAAGACAUGCGUUGCUCGGUGAAGCCACAGGAGGUCAUGCGUGCGUGCAAGCUUGGCACGUCCGCUCUUUGCGAUGAGGAAGAGCCCCUUGUUGGAUCACGCCUGCGGCCUGUACGGAUCCACAUCUACGAUGUCGGCGAGGCCAAAUGGUUACAGAUGAUGAACCAGGUCUUAGCACCCCAGUGCUGUCCUUGGCUGGGCCUGGGUGGGGCUUUCCACUGUGGGGUUGAGGUUGACGGCCUGGAGUGGUGUUACGGCGCGGUUCUAUCAAGGUCAACGGCUGGCAUCGGAUGUGUUGAUCCGAUGCAAUGUCCUGGCCACCACUACCGUCAGACCGUGGACCUCGGCUGCACAGACCGCAGCACCGAAGACAUUGCGCAAAUGAUAUCAGAGAUGGUGGAGGAAUACCCGGGAACUGCGUACGACCUCUUCAGCCGGAACUGUUGCCACUUCGCACAUGAUUUUGCGAGGCGGCUAGGCGUGCGAAGCGUUCCAGGCUGGGUAUCGCUGCGCCUGGCCGCAUGCUGUCAGCGCUUGGAGGCUAUGGCAGGGAGCCUCUCAUGGCCAUUCCAGCGUGCCGAGCUCUAUAACAGAUGCGGCCGGACAACUUAUACCAUUGGCCAACGCCAUUCUGAGCCCUAG